AUGGCGGCGGAGGCGGCGCGCGGGGGGGCGGGGCCCCGGAGGGGGCGUGGCCACAGCGAGGGGGCGUGGUCGCAACGAGGGGGCGUGGCCAACACAGAGGGGGCGGGAUCGCUCCCCGCCCCGGGGCCGCGGCGUGGACCGCCCCACCACCACCAUGUCUCACCCCUCUCCACCCCUCCGGCACUCCCCGCCGAAAUCUCCCCAUCCCCGGGCAGCACCUCCCGCCUCUUCUCCCUCCCGGACCACCCCGCCUCCGCUUUGGCCACCAUGAACGAUCUCCGCCUCCGCGGCGAGCUCUGCGACGUCACCCUGCGUGUCCGGCACGGCCGGGACGCGGCUCCCACCGAGCUCCGGGCUCACCGCCUGGUCCUGGCCGCCGCCAGCCCGGUGUUCCGGGCCAUGUUCACGGCCGGGCUCCGCGAGAAGGGCCUGGAGGAGGUGCCCAUCGAAGGGGUGCACCCCGGCCAUGGAGGCUUGGUGGAGUUCGCCUACACGGCGGCGGUGGCCGUGGGCGAGCGCUGCGUGCUGUCCCUGCUGCACGGGGCGCUCAUGUACCAGGUGGACGCGGUGGUGAAGGCGUGCUGCUCGUUCCUGGGGCAGCUGCACCCCAGCAAUGCCAUCGGCAUCGCGGCGCUGGCGGAGAGGGAGUUUUAGGGGGAUCCCCCUGAGUGCCUGGGGUGCCUGGAGCUGCAGGAGAAGGCCAGGGAGUACAUCUAUAUGAAUUUUGCUGAGGUCUCCAAACAAGAAGAAUUCCUCCUCUCCCACUGCCAGCUCGCCGCCCUGCUCAGCCGCGACGAGCUCAACGUGCGCAGCGAGUCCGAGGUGUUCCAGGCGUGCUUGGCCUGGGUCCACCAGCACCGGGAAUCCCGCGCUCCCUUCCUGCCCGCCCUGCUCCGCGCCGUGCGCUGCCACGCCCUCACACCUCGCUUCCCGCGCCAGCUCCGCCGCGACCUCGGCCGCGACGCCCUGCGCUACCUGGCCGAGGUUUUCCGCGACCUGGCGCUGCACAGACCCUCGGGGGACCCUCCAGGCAGGACCCCCAAGGUUAAACAGCUGAUUUAUGCGGCUGGGGGGUAUCUCAGGAGGUCGUUGAGCACGUUGGAGGCGUUUGACCCCGUGUGUGGUUCGUGGGUGAGGUUGGCAGAGAUGGAGACGCCGCGCUCGGGGCUGGCUGGGUGUGCAGGGGGGUUGUUUUACGCCGUCGGGGGCAGGAACAACUCACCCGAGGGCAACACGGACUCGGCGGCCGUGGAUUGUUACAACCCCGUCAGCGGGAGGUGGUCGCCGUGCGCGCCCAUGAGCGUCCCCAGGAACCGGAUCGGAGUCGGGGUGAUCGACGGGCUGAUCUACGCCGUGGGGGGGUCACACGGGUGUAAUCAUCACUGCUCGGUGGAGAGGUACGAGCCCGAGCGGGACGAGUGGGCUCUGGUGGCCCCGAUGGGGACGCGGCGGAUCGGGGUGGGGGUGGCGGUGCUGAACCGGCUCCUGUACGCCGUGGGCGGCUUCGACGGCAGCGCCCGGCUCAGCUCGGCCGAGCGGUACCACCCGGAACGGGACAGCUGGCAGCCCAUCCCCCCCAUGGCCACGGUCCGCAGCGGGGCAGGGGUGUGUGCCCUCGGGAACUGCCUCUAUGCCAUGGGGGGCUACGACGGCUCCCAGCAGCUGAGCAGCACCGAGCGCUUCCGCGCCGACACCGAGACCUGGAGCUUCGUGGCACCCAUGGGGCACCGGCGCAGCGCGCUGGGGGUGACGGCGUUCCGGGGGAAAAUCUACGUGUUGGGGGGGGCUACGGGCCACUCCUUCCUGGACUCUGUGGAGUGCUACGACCCCGAGAGCGACGCCUGGACCGAGGUGGCCCCGAUGCCCUCGGGGCGCAGCGGGCUGGGGGUGGCCGUGACCAUGGAGCCCUGUCCCCCCCAGAGCCCCCCCGAGGACGGGGAGACCCCCCCGGGGGGACCCUGCUGACCCCGGCGCCGCUGG